AUUCUAUGAUCGUGAUCAUACAACCGCACUUAACCUCACUUUUUGCAUAAAAAAUCAAAAUCGACGUAAUUGUUGCAAUACUUUGAUAAAACGCGGGAUUAAACCACAGUUUUGUGAAACAUGCAGCCUCGUACCGAAUCUGGUUAACUUAUAUCUGUGUGAAGAGCCCCAAAAAUGAGCCAAGACACUCCAGAGUUGGUCGGAAUCACAAAAUGUACGGUGAUUUCGUGCCGCAAUUUCUACCAUCUGGAAUCGCCACCUGACUACCAAUUUUUCCCAUUUCCAACCAACCGGGAUAUUUCCAAAAAAUGGAAGGAAAAGUGCGGCAUUUCCGCCUAUCACGACGUGUCGAAGUCCAGUGUGUGUUCUGACCAUUUCAAACCCACGGACUAUGCAGACGCGGACCAAAAAACCUUAACAUCUUCAGCCAUUCCCACAGAAAAUCUAGGCUGGAUGUUGGGAAUGCCUGAAGUUAAGGUAGUCAUAAACCCCAAAGCGCCCAAAAUCAAGGUAGCAGAAGAUCUAGAUUUUAACAAAGUCAAGGAAGCAGUGGAUGUGAAUGAGAAACUGAAAGACCAGCUGCAGGACUUGGUUAAAGAGUAUGAACCAAUCAAGGAGAAGAUGGGUCUGUAUAAAAGGAAGAUUGAUAAUGUGGAGAAGGAGAUUAAUAGGGUGAAGAUGAUGAUCGCCAAAGUUAAGAGCAAAAAUUGGAAGCCUGGGAAUAAUUUGUUGUGUAGGGUGUUUUCACAGGCUCAGAUAAAUAUGUUGUUAGGGAAGAAGAAAGUUGUGUGGAGUUAUGACGAUAUGGCGAUGGCUUUCACGUUGAGGCAUGUGGGGAAUAAGGAGUGUUAUUUGUAUCUGAAGGAUACGUUGAAUUUGCCUCUGCCUGCGUUGUCGGCAGUGCAGAGGUGGGUGGCUUCGAAUAAAUUGAAACCAUAGACUGAUUAGAAAAUAAGAGUUUGUUGUAUUUAUUUUUUCUAAUUUAAUUGUUUAGACAAUUGUAUGUUAAGAAAUAAAAUUGCUUGAUGAAGAUUAA